UAGAGGUCACUCUUGCAAUUGGGCAAUAAUUUGUUUACCUUUCGCCAGUUUAAACUUUUCGGUGGUUUUCGAGCGGUAAAGUGACAGAGAAGGCGCGUGGUGAAUUGUGCGAAGGAUCGGAGGGACGCCAGUUGUUUUGCCGGAGUUUGCCGAACUUUUUGAGUGUGCAAGUGUGUGUGUGUGUGACGUUUUGGAUGCCUGGAGCCUAAAAAAAGGAAGCGAUUUAACGGCAAAACGACGAAGGUGAGGAGAAAACGGAAAAACGUUAGCAAAUAAGGUGGGCCAAGAGGUGCGGACAAUAAAAGGAAAGGAAUCGAACAACGACACACAACGAAACUUUUAUACAGCGAGGCGAUAAAAGGCCCAACAUUCAACAAAUUCCCAUUGCUGGCCAUGUAGCACAGUGAGCUCCCACUAACAGCGACCACUUAACGAACAACAACACCGAGGUGCCCUUAGACAAUCUACUCGUACAACAGUAACAACCAACUCAACUAACAACAAAUUGAAAUUGAUAACUGCCGAUUUUUGAACUGACAAUAAAACUAAGCGAAAACCGUAACAACAAAGAACCAAAAACUGAACCAAACUAAAUCACGGUAUUUAAUCGGAGCUAAAAGUAAAUAGAAAAACAAACUAAAAGGAGAAAAUGGGUCGCAAAGUAACGGUGGCCGUGUCCACGCUGAACCAAUGGGCAUUGGACUUCGAGGGGAAUAUGGCCAGGAUACUGCAGUCCAUCCUGGAGGCCAAGGAUAUGGGCGCCAGCUAUCGCACAGGACCCGAACUGGAAGUUAGUGGCUACAGCUGCGAGGACCACUUUCGGGAGCCGGACACAUUCCUGCACUCCUGGGAGGUUCUGCUGGAGGUGAUGAUGUCGCCCAUCUGUGAAAACAUGCUGGUGGACGUGGGCAUGCCGGUGAUGCACCGCAAUGUGGCAUACAACUGCCGCGUGGCGUUCUUCAACCGGCAACUGCUGCUCAUCCGGCCGAAGAUGGCGAUGUGCGACGAUGGCAACUACCGGGAGUCGCGAUGGUUCACCGCCUGGACAAAGUCCCUGCAGACGGAGGAGUUCGUACUGCCGCGCAUGAUUGCCCAGCAUACGGGACAGCAAACGGUGCCCAUUGGCGAUGCGGUGAUCGCCACCAGGGACACCUGUCUGGGCUACGAGAUCUGCGAGGAGCUGUGGAAUGUGCGCAGCAAGCACAUCGAAAUGUCCCUGGCCGGGGUGGAGUUGAUUGUGAACAGCUCGGGCAGCUACAUGGAACUGAGGAAGGCCCACAUCACCACCGAUCUCAUCCGGAAUGCCAGCUUCAAAGCGGGUGGCGCGUACUUAUUCAGUAAUCUUCGUGGCUGCGAUGGCCAAAGGGUAUACUUCCAUGGCUGCUCUGCGAUUGCCUUGAAUGGUGAACUGUUGGCAAGGGGUCAGCAGUUCGCACUGCAGGAUGUGGAGGUCACGCUGGCCACCAUCGAUCUGGAGGAGAUUCGCGCCUAUCGCGUGAGUCUGCGAUCGCGCUGCUCGGCUGCCGCGAAUGCAGCGGAUUAUCCGCGCAUUCAUUGCGACUUUGAGAUGUCGACGCACAGCGAUAUCUUCAAGACAUCGACACCGCCGCUCAAUUGGCCCAAUCACACGCCCGAGGAGGAGAUCGCCUUGGGUCCCGCCUGCUGGCUGUGGGAUUACCUCAGGCGUUCCGGUCAGGGGGGAUUCUUCCUGCCGCUCAGCGGCGGCAUCGAUUCCAGCAGCUCCGCCACCAUUGUGCACUCGAUGUGCCGGCAAAUUGUGCAGGCGGUGCAAUUGGGCGAUGCCCAGGUGCUGCAUGACAUUCGGAAGAUCCUGGCGGACACGGACUACACGCCGGACAAUGCCGCUGGCUUGUGCAAUCGUCUGCUGGUCACCUGCUUCAUGGGCAGCGUGAAUAGCAGCAAGGAGACGCGCAGGCGGGCCGCCCAAUUGGCCAACCAACUGGGCAGCUAUCACAUCGAGAUCAGCAUCGAUAUGGCGGUGAAUGCCUUGCUGGGCAUAUUCAAUGCCGUCACGGGCUUAACGCCUCGGUUUCGGACGCAGGGCGGUUGUGCCCGACAGAACCUGGCCCUGCAGAACAUCCAGUCGAGGAUUCGGAUGGUGCUCGCCUACAUCUUUGCCCAGCUGAUGCUGUGGGUGCGCAAUCGGCCCGGUGGACUGCUCGUUUUGGGCUCCGCCAAUGUGGACGAGUCGCUGCGCGGUUAUCUCACCAAGUACGAUUGCUCCUCGGCGGACAUUAAUCCGAUUGGCGGUAUCUCCAAGAUGGAUCUGCGAAGGUUCUUGAACUACGCCAAGGAUAAGUUCAACCUACCCGUUCUGGAGUCCAUUAUUGAGGCACCGCCCACCGCCGAAUUGGAACCGCUGCAGGAGAACGGGGAACUGCAGCAGACGGACGAGCAGGACAUGGGCAUGACUUAUGCGGAGCUAUCCGAAUAUGGACGCCUGCGCAAACAGUCCUUCUGCGGACCGUACAGCAUGUUCUGCCAUCUGGUGGCCACCUGGAAGGGGGACCUCAGUCCCAAGGAGGUGGCCGACAAGGUGAAGCACUUCUUCCGCUGCUACGCGAUCAAUCGGCACAAGAUGACCGUGCUGACGCCAUCCGUUCACAUGGAGAGCUACAGUCCGGAUGACAAUCGGUUCGAUCACCGACCGUUUUUGUAUCGACCCAACUGGAGCUGGCAGUUCAAGGCCAUCGAUGACGAAGUGGACAAGCUGCAACCGAUCUACACACCCUCGUCGGCACAGAUGCGUCCGAGCAGCGAUGACCUGCUGAUCUCCACGCAGAGAUCCUCGCAUCUGGACGACUCCAAGCACUCAUCGCCGUUAUCCUCGGCCUCCGCGUCCGCUUCGAUCGAUGUGGGCAUCUCGACGGCGGCGGUACCGCUUCCUGGCGCCGCUGCUCCCGGCGGCGGUCUCUCCAAGAAGCCCAGCGGCUACUCCAAGGUGCACGUCAACGUGCUCGGCAAGAUCAAGGAUCGCACGGGCAUUCCCGUCUAGUAACGAUACACUCGCAAAGCACUGCAACUAUAGAAUGUUGUUGUUUUUUUUUUACCACAGCUUGAUGUCUUUUGCUGCAUCACCAAGAAAAUCAUUUAACAUUCAUCUAUCUUUUUUUAACUUAGAUCUGUUCCAAUUUUGUUAAUAUUACAAACCCUAAAUUUAAACACGAAAUCAGUUUUUUUAUUCGAAUUAUUAUUACCAUAUGUUUCCUUUAAGUAGAGCAUAACAAAAUUUAAUUUAAAAGGAAAGUUUUCGCCUCAAUAUAAUGUCCGUUUUACUUGAUAAUAAUUUAGUGACCUUAAAAAUAUUAGUGACUAUAGUAUGUUCUGUUAAAAAUUUUAUAAUAAUAAUUUCCAAGUUUUUUCCUUUAAAUAAUCCUAAAACAAGAGCUCCUUUUAUUCUAGCUAAUAUUAUAAAUGUCUCUCAUAAUAAAAUCAUGAAACACGUAGCUUUAUCAUUCAACAGCAGCAAAAGGCAUUAUUCUGUAUAUAUACAAAAUCCAUAAUCCAUAUUUGUAGGCCUAGGCGUAGACAUACUCAUAGCGUUGCUCGACCUAAAUCCAAAUUUUCUAAAUUUUUUUUUGAAAUCCUCAUAAUAUAGUUGGCUUUUGUAGCGUCUUUUCCAGUUUGCCUUAUCUAAAAGUCUUAAAUCUUGUCUAACGCUCAAGCUAAACACUGGACAAAAAGAUUGGUCCGUCUGUCCAAACAAUUUGUAAAACAAUCUUUAAAAAACACUGGGCAAAUUCAUUUGCCAAAACAUUUAGUUAGAUAAAUAAUAUUUUUUUUCUGGUUUUACAAAUAAAUGAUUACUUACUUGUUGGUUGUACUAUAUAUUUUUUGUGUUUCUGGUUGUGCACUGUGCGUGGUGAAUAAUAUUUCUAUAAGUUUUAAAUUAAUAAUAUGACAACCAUUUUUCUUCUCUGAUAUUAAAUAUGUGCCUCAAAUUGAAUAAAUAAACGGAUCCUGCAAGCUUUA